AUGUCUCUUCCUCAGUAUUUGAUAACAGUAUCUGUGUAUUUCAAUGGCUGCAACCCUGCUGUUCAAACCAAGAUUCCAGAUGACACUGAAUCCUUUGCCACCUUGAACGAAACGUUGAACAAUUUUCUGUCUGAAUCCGAUAACAGAAGGGUGACAAAGAUCGAGUUUCGGGAGGAUUGGAUUGAUACACAUGGAAGGAUGAAAUACAACUUAAUUGAGUUGAAGAAUGAUGAAGAUGUGAAGGCCAUGUGGAAAUCAUUUCGCUGUAGGAUAAUUAAAGGUCUGAUCGAGUUGGACGCGCAGAUCCGAAGAUCCGUGGACGACAUAAUGAAGUGUCUAAAACAUCCAGAGUCAUCCAUUAGUACCUUGGCUUUCAUGUUUCGAAGUACUGUUUGUUGUUUGUCAUCUAAUGUUUGUUAA